AUGAGCCGUCUCAUCGGCCUUCUGGCCCUGGUGGCCCUGGUGGCCGCCCAGGAGGACCCCAAUCAACCCAUCGUCAUCCGCCUCGAACCCCAGCCCCACAAACCGAAGUUCUUGGAGGAGCUCAUCAAAUUCUUCGGGCUCGACUCCUUCGGAAUCCCCGGUCUUACCGGAAGCCACCCAGAUGGCUUCAACGGCGCCAUCAAGGAGAUGCGUGCUGCAGGUGUCCCGAUUCAGGGACUCCCGGCAGAGCAUAUCAACGGUCAACCUGUGCCGGCGCAGCCUUCGCCUGACGUGCUCGCCCAGGCCAACCCCAACUUUGCCAGCCAGAUGAGCCAGGUGCUGAACGAGGUGAGCAACCCCAGCGAGUACCACCCCAGCUCGGGCAUGGGAAUGCCGGCCGAUAAGCCCGGAGACAAUGGACUCAUCGGACUCCUCUCCACAUCGGUCAGGAAGCUGAUCAAGGAAACAGGAGUGUCCGACGCCCUGUCGCAGUCGCUGCCCAACCUGCUCGGGACCGGACCCCAGGCUCGUGGUGAGGCCAACACUGAUGGAGCCGAAACUGUCGUGCAUCGUGAUCGUGCCGCCGGUGUGAAGACGCACACCCCCGGAGACUCACCCGUCGUCCAGUCUGACGCCAUCUCCUCUUCCUCCAACAUCCGCCGUCAACCUUCUGCCACUCAACGAGCCUUGUCCGGAAUUGCUGCCGCUCUUGGAGGAGGAGGCGGAAACGGCCCCACCCACGCUGGACUUCCCCGUAUCCCCGGAAUUCCCCUGCUCCCCGGCGGAAUUCCACGAAACCAAGAAGGCCAAAUCGACGUCGUCAGCCUGAUCGGCCAGGUCACCCGCCGCAUCUCCAACGGCACCACCCUUGCUGAUGUUCUCCCGCCAGAGCAGCUCCAGACCCUUGCCGACAACGUCACCGACGCCCUGCUCCCCUCCACGCCCGAGAAGUUCGAGCUACCCAAAUUCAUGGGCCGCUGGUUUGAGGGUAUCAACUCGCCGCGUGCGAGUGAGCAACGAUGCGUCGUCCACCACUAUGGUGGCCUGACCAAGAACGACAAGACCGCCACGUUCACCGCCCUGAAGAUCUACCGCGAGGGCAGCGAGUUCGGCCCGGUCAAGUACUCGAUCGGAUAUGCUUUCCGUGGCGGAAACAAGGACGCCAUGCUCCAGCUGCACUCUUCCGAGACGAGUGAUGCUCAGCCUUUCUGGGUCUACAAGCUCGGCCCCGAGGGCAAGGAUCCGUUCGGCAACUCGCAGUACGAGUACGCGAUCGUGUCCAACUGGGUGAAGUACCCGGUUACGGUGCUCGUGCGUGACCCCGAUACCUUCAAGAAGAAGUACGAGAAGGAGGUGUUGCGCUGGUUGGAAGAUCAGGGCUUCAUCAACGGCUUCGUCCGUGCCUUCAACCUCCUCCAGCCCGCCUCGUACUCCUCGUGCCAGUACGCCGACUCGACCUUCGAGGUGUUCGGC